UAACAUGAAGCAUAUGUAACCUGAGGUACCACUGUAUUUAUUAUUUAAUUGUCCCUUUGUUUCCUUUAUUGCUUUCAGAGCCCAGUCUCCUUUUUUGUUUUGACAAUAUGUCAAGCGGACAGAAGCUUCCUGGGCCUGGUAGUAAAGACCGUUUGGAAUCAAAAAGAACCUCUUCACUUUCUACAUCCCAGCCAGCGGAUCCCGACUCCUCCAGCCUGCUUCUCACUGAAGAAAACGUUAAGAAACUGCAAGAGAAGAAUUCUGCUUCUAAAUCUGCCCUUGCUAGAGAGUCAAUAGAAGCCUACAUUACCCAGAGCAAUCUCUUUCUGAAUAAGAGCGAAGCUAGUAACAAGUCGAAGCAAGGAGCAAAGUCUGUCCGAUGCGUUGCGAUAUAUACCAGUAUUUCUCACACAGGGAGAAGGAAGGCGGAGCAGGCAAGCAGGAUUGUCAAGGAGAGACCUUUGGUUGGAGAAAGCGAGGAGCUAAUAGCUCGCAGCAUAUUGGAAAAAAAAGAUGUCGCUGAAGUGGUCAGUGAAGAGAGUUCUGAAGGUCACGAGUCAGAUAUUGAGGAUCAUUCUGAAACCGAUCUUUGCCUUCUCGGUUGCUGUGAGUUUUGCACCACAGCACUGAAGCCUUUACCAACAGCAGAAUACCUGGAUGAGAGCCCAGAGAAAAUGGAAGGUCUUAUGUGUUGCAGGACAUACAAGGACAUUUUCCAAUGUGUAGUUCAGGAGCUCAUAGAAAACAGCCCCGAAGGAAGUACAAUCGAUAUCACUCCUCACCGACACCAAUCGGAAGGCUCUUGGCUAGAGAACAAGACUAAAAGGACACUGAUAAAAGAGAUUGAAGACAAAGGGGGCAUUGAUCAGUACAGGGACGUCUUUGAGCAAUAUAUAAAGUUUGGGCCAUGUAUGAAACUCAGAUUCAAAUUAUCAGAUUAUCCACCCAAACCCAAAAAAGUCCGUAAGAAAGCUCCGGAGCCCAGGGAAAUACUGACUUUAGAUUUGGAGUUCAAAGCUGAACAGUUAAAGAUUUGCCAUUCUACCAAGCCUGUGAAAAGAUAUUAUUCUGAUGGGAAGAUAUUCUAUCUACUUUUCCCAGAUGGAACCGGCCAAGUUUAUUACCCAUCAGGUAAUGUUGCUAUCCUCAUUAGCUACGUAAAAGAAUUUCAGUUCACAUACAUCGUUCUACAGGACAACCUGUCUUACGAAAUGCAGGCCUGCUUUGCAAAUCAGGGCUUUGCAGUAUGCUACCACCGUAACGGGAAAAUCUGGUUGAAUCUAGACCUCUGCCUUGGCUCGUACUUUGACCGGAAGGGAGUUAGGAAGAAACACUGGAAUUGGUGGGACAAGAGCAGCCACAUCCAUGCACCUCCUUUCCAACCCAUCUACAUUCAAUUGAAUGUUUACAUCCAGGUUAAAAUUGAAGCCCAGGACCAGAUUUUCCUAACGUUUACUAAUAAUCGCGACUGCCUUCAGCUGAAUGUGGGUGCCAAGCUGAAACCGAAAGAUCCAGACCUGCUGAAGUUUCUCCAGAGACCUGCAUCCUCGGGACAGCUAGUUGGCUCCGAGAUUCUACUGAUAAGAAGGCUCUUAGCCAGCAUGCAGAAUCUACUGAAAGAGCUGUGUCUCGUUCCACCUGAAGAAACCAAAUACUUCUAUUUCCUCGUGUCAGACAUGUAUGACCAUGUACAUCGCCGACAGAAAAUGAGAAUUCGAUCUAUACAAAGAUGACUGCAUACCUGUUAUUUAGGGACGGCUGCUCAGCUACUU